AAACAUAAACAUUGGACAGAUGUUAAUGUUAUUGUGGGCACACAGAUACACACACAUGCCUCAUUCUUCAACUUCACAAUCACACCCCAAUUUCAUUUCCAUCACCUAAUCCACCACCCCUUAUCUCUCACCUUCUGCAAUUCCAACGACCCAACAGAAAAAAAUUGUUUUUCGAAUACCCUUUUGCUUUAUUUAUUUGAUCGGAAGGUUGAAUUGCAGAAGGGUUAUUUAUAUGAUUUAUCUCCUGGUUUCUUCUGUUCUUCGUUGAUGAAAACUCAAGAGCUUGAGGGGUUUCCAUUUUCUUUUCAUCAAGGCAAUGAAUUGGUAUCCACUAUGGAUUGUUUGGGCUUCAUCUGCUGCAAGUAUGGAGAUCGAGAGAUUUGCUCCGUCUGCAGUUCUUGGAUAUAUAACAUCAUGUCUUUGAUGACAUAUUCUGUAUGCCAUGCAAAAGAAAUGACGGUUGCAAUGUCUAAAACUCGGAUUCCUCUGAUAUUUGCGUAGCAUUGUAUGAGAUUCUUAGAUGGUUUAGAAUUACUUGAUUUGUAUGAUAGCGUUCCAAUUGUAGUUGUUAAUAGGUAGCAUUAGUAGUUGAGUUCUUAAACUUGUAAGCGAAUAGGUAGAUUGUAGUUUUUAGUUGUCUGGUAAAGGGGAAGAUGGUGAAAUGAACAUGUAAGAUCUUGCCGAGGGAUUGCAUUGAUAGUCUUGAGUAAGUUUUUCAUCUUUUUAGCAGUAGAUAAGUUUGGUAUUUAGUGACAUAGAUAUUAAGGAUGGGUUUGCCACAAAUAAUACCUCAAGGUGAAGCUUCUGAAAAGAAUGAGCAUUUUGGGGUGGUUUCAACUGGCUCGCCUCAGUUUUCGGACGCAAGUCCCUCUGCUAUAAGCAGCAUGAGUAAUGUUAACACUCACGGGUAUGCUGCAUGUACCGUUGGAUCCUCGUUUGAUGGUUUUCCCAAGAAUGCCUCGUUAGAAAGGUCAAUUGUUUCUGAUAAGACAUUUUAUAGAGGAGCAAUGGAAGUCACUCCCAAUGUCCACGGUUUGAAGAUUGAUACAACAGAUAUAAGUACUCUCCCUGCUUCAAAAAGUGAGCGAAGGGUUCACACUCCUGCUUCCAGGGUUGUUGGUUUUGAAUCAGGUAGAACAAGUUCUUUAGCUGAUGGAUUCACCGAUGUUCCGUCUGGAAAUAUCCAUUCUUCUUUUGCUAGUAUCUCAGCCAAUGACACCGAAUCCGCCACUUCAUUGGUUAGGAAGCGGCUUUUAUCUCCGCUGAGCAGUAUGCUCUCCCCAAGUCAUUUCAAAGGCGAUUCUCUUGAUAUAGGACGCAGAAAUAUUGAGCCUUUCUCCCUUAUUAAGAGUGGUGAUAAUAUCAGAAUGUCCAUUGCACAAGAUAAUAAGAAGGCAAAUAUUGGAUGUAAAAGCAGUUAUACAUUGCCUUUUUGGCCCGUGACAAGUUCCUCUGAGCAGAAAAUCGUGGCACAAAGUAGAGAAUCUGUUUUUCAAACUGAUGGUCCUUUGCUGGAUUAUAGAGGCUUAAGAGUACAGGGUAGUUCACCAACUCUUAGAAGUGAACACUUAAGAGAAUCAAGUAUUGUGGCCAGACCUCAAAGUGGCAUGAUAUCUGUAUCACCUGCGAGCUCUCCGCUUUCGAUGUCACCUCUUGGUCCUAGAUUUUCUGAAAGAAUGAAAAUGGCCGAGAGAUGCAGGAGGAGUGUUACUGAAGAGAUAAAGAAUUGCAAUAUAGCUUUAAGGAGUACAGAUGAAUCACUAGACAAUUCUAAUUCACGCUUUAUGUUAAAUCGUAAAGAUGAUGGUUUAGAAAUUUCUUGCAAAUCUUUUGAAGAUGUUGAAUUCUUGUUCAAAGAUUUUUGUCCAUCUUCUCUGGAUGACAUUUCUUACAUGAACCGGCCACUUUCUCAAGAAUCAGCUCCCAUCUCUAACAUCACGAGGUUUACUAGAAGUUUGAGUGGACCUUCAGUAAGGAGGUCUUUGGUCGGUUCAUUUGAAGAGUCCCUUUUAUCUGGCCGGUUCGCAUCCGGAAACUAUAGUAAGAAAAUCGAUGGUUUUCUCGCCGUAUUAAGUAUUACUGGGGGAAACUUCUCUCCUAAAUCACAGAAGCUUCCAUUUUCUGUUACUAGUGUUGAUGGAGAUCGGUAUCUAUUGUAUUAUGCAUCCAUUAAUCUUGCGGGGAAUUCUUCACCAAACAUCUUCAGAGGCCAUUUUGUGAAACGGGGGCUUAGAAAUGAUGAUUCACAAAUUGUCAAAAGCCGUUUCCGUAUACCAAUGAAAGGAAGAAUUCAGCUGGUGCUAAGCAAUCCGGAAAAGACUCCUCUUCACACUUUCUUUUGCAACUAUGAUUUGAGUGACAUGCCAGCUGGUACCAAAACAUUCUUGCGCCAGAAAAUCACUCUCGAGUCUUCCAGCACAACUUCCCCUCAGUCGAAAAAUGGUUCAACCGGGUUGGACAGUGGAAAUGACAAGGGUAUUCCACUAGUGCAAAAGAAUCACGACAUCCCGUGUAAUGAGGAAGUAAUGCACACCGAUGCUGUUGAUGUUGUUGUAAAUAAAACAAAAUCUACAGAUCCGAGAAACACAAAGGGUUCUUCUAGCUUAGGGAAUUUACUAAACAAAGAGGAUUCUUCCAAGCAAUCACUAGACAUGAAUAUAUUGAAAGUCCCUUCCUCAGUAAAGCCUGACCAUGGAAGUUUAACCGAUGAAUGUGAAAGGAAUGAAAGAAAGGAAUCUUGGGAGAAAACAUCAUGCAAUGAAUCAGGGAAGUCAUCAAAGAAUUCUAGUAGCGCUGGCCCGCUACGUUAUGCUCUCCACCUCCGCUUUAUCUGCCCUUUUCCUAAGAAGACAAGUAGGUCAGUUCAAAAAUGUAGAUAUAAUUCUCUUUCCGAAAAAGCCGGAUCAGACACAGAAGGCGAACGAAGAUUCUACCUGUGUAAUGAUUUAAAGGUUGUGUUCCCUCAGCGCCAUUCAGAUGCCGACGAGGGAAAGAUGAAUGUGGAAUACCAUUUUCCUGAAGAUCCGAGGUACUUCGACCUCAACUGAAAAUUCUAGUUUACACCAUCUUCAAAAGCAUGCUGCUUUUGCUGACCCUGUUGUACAUAGUUACUUGUUGCUGGCCUUUACUUGAGGCCAUUGUCCUUGAAAAAAUAACACUGACCCUCUUCCUCCUGUAAAUACUUCAACAAUGUCAAUAAUUUAAUGGGUUAACUAUUGUCAAUUGCUUAAA